AAAUUCCCCAACUCGGAGAAACCGAAGAAGCGAGUCUGACUCUCUGAGUUAUCACCGAGUCGACUCUGCUCCUUCUCCACCGUCUCCUCCAUGGCUGCUGCUGCUGCUUCACUCCACACUUCAAUCUCUCCACGUAGCUUCCUCCCUCUCUCCAAACACUCUCUGUUGAAACCUCACCGCUCCUCCCAAAUUCUCCUGAGAAAGAUAAAACAGAGGAACUGUGUUUCGUGCGCGUUGAUCGGAGACGAAAUCGAUGUGAUUCCGGUUCAGAGCCGUGACCGGACGGACCACGAGGAUGGUUCGGUGGUGUUGAUGAGCACCGAGACUGAGAGAGAUGGUAACGAAACGGUGGUUGUAGGGUUUGGCGCUGCUGCGACGAGCGAAGGUCAGCUCUCUUUAGAAGGCUUUCCUUCUUCUUCGGGAGAUGAGAAGAGAAGAGAGAACGAAGAAAUGGAGAAGAUGAUCGAUCGAACCAUUAACGCUACGAUCGUUUUAGCUGCUGGUUCUUACGCCAUUUCCAAAUUGCUCACCAUCGAUCAUGAUUACUGGCAUGGAUGGACACUGUUUGAGAUACUGAGAUAUGCUCCUCAACAUAACUGGGUUGCUUACGAAGAAGCGUUAAAGCAGAACCCGGUUCUAGCCAAAAUGGUCAUAAGUGGAAUUGUCUAUUCUGUAGGAGAUUGGAUAGCUCAGUGUUAUGAAGGCAAACCGCUGUUUGAGAUUGAUAGAGCAAGAACAUUGAGAUCAGGGCUGGUGGGAUUCACUCUCCAUGGAUCGUUGUCUCAUUUCUAUUACCAGUUCUGUGAGGAGCUUUUCCCUUUUCAAGAUUGGUGGGUUGUUCCUGUGAAAGUUGCCUUUGAUCAAACUGUAUGGUCGGCUAUAUGGAACAGUAUUUACUUUACGGUUCUUGGGUUCCUGCGUCUUGAAUCACCUAUCAGCAUCUUUAAAGAACUUAAAGCUACGUUCUUUCCUAUGUUAACAGCUGGGUGGAAGCUAUGGCCAUUUGCUCAUUUGGUCACAUACGGUUUGGUCCCUGUGGAACAACGACUUCUAUGGGUAGAUUGCGUGGAGCUCAUUUGGGUCACUAUACUUUCAACUUACUCAAACGAGAAAUCAGAAGCUAGAACCUCGGAAUCUGUCAUUGAAACCUCUUCAAGUUCUACCACAUCCAUUGAGCCCUCCAAGGAAUGAGAAAAGCAGAAUUGCAAAAUUGGGUCUUAUCCCAUCACAUUGUAUAUAUAUUAUACACAGAGUUCAGCCAAUAGAGUGGCUAGAGAGAUUUGAGAUUGAUACGGAGGAGAUGAAGAUAUUCAAAUGGAUGUAUCUCUUAAAGUAUGUAUGAAAAAUAAUUAGAAUCUUGAAUACACCCGAGAGACAAUUUUAUCUGAUCCUUAGAUUACAGUUUAAUAAACAGAUCGCAGUGCUCUAUUAAAUUUAUUAGUACUGAUUAAAUUGUGUUA